GUCUCACCCCUCCCACCACCCCGCCUCACAAACCAGUGGAGGAUGAGCUCUUCAAACCUUCAGAGGCAGGAAAACCCAGCGAUGUUGUCGGCGUUUCCACGAAGGCUUCCUCGUCCUGGUUUUCUCGCGCUCACCCUCCACGGAAGCUUCUGGAACAAACGGAGCUUUACGCCCAGUUGCGGCGCAUGGGUCAGGCGGGCGCCAACGAAUCCUACCGGACCUUCGGAGAUCACGACUACUGCGCGCUGAGCCUCGGGGAGAGCAGGAAACGCAGCGCCGACAUGUUGGGCGCCAUGUUACAGGCGCAAAGUGGGGGAAUGGAUGGUAGCAAAGCACCGAAAAAUGUAGACGAUCAGGGGUCGAGGGAGAGAGAGAGGGAGAGAGAGGAAGUGAUGGUGGCGUCACAGAUAGCAGAAUUGCUGGAGCAGCAGAUCACGACCACCACGACCAAAACGACGAGGAAGUUGGUGAUUUCUUCGUUGCCGCCGCCCUCUCACUGCCAGUCGGCGACCGCUACGCCGCCGGUGUCCGAGGAGGAGGCGGAGAGAUCGUCUGCAUCUCGCUCGCCAUCACCCACAAUGCACCUGUGUCCCGACUCCCCCGCCAGCAAGACAGACUCCAGUGAGAACUCGGAGAUCUGUCCCGACGACAAGCAGAGGAACAAAGCCAAGUCUGACGAGGACAACUGCCAGGUGUUCUACAUCCACAACCUGCCAACCAGCGUGACCCAGAACAUGCUGCGGAAACGCUUCCAGGUUUUCGGAAAACCCGAGGACUGCAAAGUCAUCAUCUGCAACGAGGAGCGCUGUGGGGUGAUAAAGCUCCGUCAGGCGGGGGUUCAGAAGCAGUGGAGGGAACGAGAGCCAGUUUUCCAGAACGCUCCUGCAGGUGUGAGGCUGCUGACGAGGAAACGCUACAUAGAUCUUGACGAGGCAGGCCCGGGCCCCGUGAAGAGCAAGUACGAUGCACUGGACUUUGACACUCUGCUGAAGGAGGCCCAGAAGUCCUUGCACCGCUGACAGCGCCCCCUCCUGGCAGCCUUAGUGAACUACACCCUCUACUACAGGGCCCUCAGAAAGGCCCAUUAGUACCCCCAUGCAAGGCAACCUCGCAAAAUGUUUACAUUUUUACCAUUGGAAUAAAGUAGUGAUAAGGACUUCAUUGUUUUUUUUUUGUUUUUUUUUCUUUCACCGGAGGAUAUAUUGCUUAAAAACGAGGAAUCCACCGGAGAGCAAAAGGACUUACAACAGUACAACGAGUACGAACGAUAAUGAUACAGCUGUUUGCUGAAAAUAACCGUCUGUUGGUGACUUCAGAGGACCUCUGUAGCAAAACCUUGCUAUUCCUGCGUUGGUCGUCGUGGUGUGUGUGUUUCUGCGUGUGCGUGUUAUUCGUUCUGUUCGUUUUGUAAUAAAAAAAGAUAAAACCU